CCCAAAUACACUCGAAAACGAAAUUCCAUCGGAUAAUCCACCAACUGGCUCCCAGGAGUUUCUUCCUCUCCCUCCAAUUGACGGCUGUCUGAAACGGAAAUGGCGCUGAGCUUCUCCAUUAGCGCCACAAUUUUCCCUCCAAAUCAAGGUUCCUCUGCUUCCUUGCUUCGGCUACUGCUGCUUGCUUCCCUACACCCUUCCAUGGCGCUUCAUCUCUUUCCGCUUCCGUUUCAGAGGAAUCGAAGUUCAACAACAGAAAGACUGCUAAAGGAAUCGAGAAUGCCAGAAACCUCGUCAAAACAUCCAGGGUUCUUUCCCUCGCGACUUCUCCGCACGAGUCGUUGCAAAAGGGAAACUGGGUCAAGCUCAUCUGUGGUGCAAGCUUUGAGGAUGUUGUGGAUAUCAGGAAUCUAUCCAUGGUUUACACCUUAGCUGGAGUCGAUUGCAUUGAUUGUGCUGCUGAUGCUGCGGUGGUGAGUGCUGUUAACGAAGGAAUCGACGCUGCGAUGGAGGUUGUGGAGCUUCGGAGGCCAUGGGUUAUGAUAAGUGUCAACGAUGAUGAUGAUCUGCAUUUUCGUAAAGCUGAGUUUGAUCCGGACGAUUGUCCGAUGGAUUGCUCGAGGCCAUGCGAGCUUGUGUGUCCUGCAAAUGCAAUUAAGUUAGAUGAUCAUAGUGGAGUCAUAACUGAGCGUUGUUAUGGCUGUGGUCGUUGCUUCCCAGUGUGCCCAUACGACAAAAUCAGUGAGUCGUCUUUUGUUUGCCUCUUUCUGGUUCCAUUUUGCUGAUCAUUUCUUCAUAGGCGAAUCUUAGAUCCUUGAAUACUCUGACAGCAUUAAUGUUAGCACUUGUUUGAUUUGGAAUAGGAGAGGUGACGUAUAUAAGAGAUUCUGCUACUACUUCUGAACUCUUGAGGCGAAGUGAUGUCGAUGCCAUUGAGAUACAUACAAGCGGAAGGCAAACUGCUCCUUUCAAGGAGCUAUGGGAUGGUUUAAGAAACUCAACUGAAUGCCUGAAGCUAGUAGCUAUUAGCUUGCCUUAUACCGGCGAGUCAGCUAUGUCUGUAAUGAAUGAAAUGCAUUCUAUCAUGGAGCCUCAUCUAAAAUGCCUUAACUUAUGGCAGCUGGAUGGACGCCCAAUGAGUGGAGAUAUUGGACGAGGGGCCACUAGGGAAUCUAUUGCAUUCGCUGUUCGAUUGGCUGUUGCUAAAGACAGGCCUCUUGGUUUCCUUCAAUUGGCUGGAGGAACAAAUGCUCACACGGCAGAUGGACUGAGAAAGGAAGGGCUGUUCCAGACAACCUUAGAGAACUCAAACGAUGUGAGAUCAGUCCUUGCUUCACCUUCCAGCGCUUUCAUUGGUGGUGUUGCUUAUGGUGGGUACGCCCGAAAGAUUGUAGGAAGAGUGCUGAGCUCCAUGCCAUCACAGCAGGGUCCCAGCUCCAUCGAGGAUCAUCCCGAGCUUCUGGUGGAAGCACUAGGGCUAGCUCUUGGGUUGGUGGGGACUGUGAAAUGUUACCAUCCUGUGCACCAUUCAAGCUUCAGAUAAUGGAAGGUUGGCUCCCACAGGGACCAUGCUCUUAGCCAGAAGAAGUUAUUUGUGGAUGAUGUGGAAUUGAGAAUUGAUGAGGUGGAAGUCAGAGGAUGGGCCAACUAACCGAGUAACUAAGCUGUUGGAAGAAAUGGAGUAGAUGGUAUGGCCCUCUCAUGUAUUCGUCAAGUCAAGGUAUAGGUAUGGUGCCUCUCUCUUCCUCCAGUUAUGAUGUAAAACCUUACCCAACUAUAGAAAACCUAAAUGCAAGAAGAUGGAGAAUAAAGUCGAGGAGCAAGUGACUGGUUCUCGACAUUUCUCAAGUAGAUCUAGCGUGCUAGUUAUUUUGGUUGUAAUAGCGGUAAGAUUAUUGAUGUAAUUUUCAUUAGCACUCCCGUGACUAAGAAGAACGACAAAGUCCACAAAUUGUGAAUGAGGGCCAGUCUAACUGGUGAGUUGGCACACUUCCUAUGGUAAAAUCGUGUGUUUGAUUCUUUGUGACAAAUGGCAUUCCUUCUAGUGAUGGCAAUUUGA